AUGAUUCAAUUUGUAUGGAGAACACGAUCAUCAUCAUCAUCAUCAUCAUCAUUGUUAAGUCACAAGUAUAAACGCAUGCACACAACAACCACUGCAACGAUAGAAUGGACCAAAAACGCCAACCUAAGAAGCAUGUUCGGUAAAUACGUCGACAAAACUAGCGUCUUUAGUUGGAACUCAGUCAUCGCCGAUUUCGCUCGAACCGGCGACUCUUUACAAGCUCUCUACGCCUUCUCUUCACUGCGCAAACUCUCUCUUCACCCAAAUCGUUCUUCUUUCCCUUGCACCAUCAAAUCAUGUUCCUCCUUGUCCGACCUCCGCGCCGGGAAACAGACCCACCAACAAGCUUUUGUCUUUGGAUACACCUCUGAUAUCUUUGUUGCAUCUGCUCUCAUUGACAUGUAUUCUAAAUGUGGUCAUUUGAAUGAUGCCCGGAAACUGUUCGACGAAACUCCUAACAGAAAUGUUGUUUCUUGGACUUCCAUGAUUACUGGGUAUGUUCAAAAUGAGUAUGCUCGUGAAGCCGUUUGUUUGUUUAAAGAGUUAUUGUUGGUUGAGGAGAGUGAUUAUGAAGAGGGUGUUAGUGUGGAUUCUGUUCUUUUGGGUUGUGUUAUUUCGGCUUGUGCUCGGGUGUGUUUGAAAAGUUUGACUGAAUGUGUUCAUGGAUUCGUGAUCAAGAAGGGGUUUAAAGGGUGUUUGCCAGUUGGGAAUACGUUGAUGGAUGCUUAUGCUAAGUGUGGGGAGAUAGGUGGGUCUAGGAAAGUGUUUGAUGGGAUGGAGGAGAGUGAUGUUUGUUCUUGGAACUCUUUGAUUGCUAUAUAUGCACGCGAUGGAUUGUCGGCUGAGGCUUUAAGUGUGUUUAGUGAUAUGGUGAAGAGAGGUGAGGUAAGAUAUAAUGCUGUCACGUUAUCUGCGGUGUUGUUAGCUUGUGCUAGUUCCGGAGCUCUGCAGAUAGGGAAAUGCAUACAUGAUCAGGUUGUCAAGAUGGAAUUGGAGGAUAACGUGUUUGUAGGCACUUGUAUAGUUGAUAUGUACUGCAAAUGUGGGAGAGUUGAGAUGGCAAGGAAGGCAUUUGAUCGCAUGAAAAACAAAAAUGUUAAGUCGUGGAGUGUUAUGGUUGCUGGUUAUGGAAUGCAUGGACGUGGAAAAGAGGCUAUGGAAGUCUUCUACAAGAUGAUAAGGUCUGGAGUCAAACCAAAUUACAUUACUUUUGUGUCAGUUUUAGCUGCUUGCAGUCAUGCUGGCCUGUUGAAAGAAGGGUGGAGUUGGUUUAAUAGAAUGAAACGUGAAUUUGAUGUUGAACCUGGGAUAGAGCAUUAUUCGUGCGUGGUUGAUCUCCUUGGGCGAGCUGGCUAUCUUAAAGAAGCUUAUGGUUUGAUCCAGGAAAUGAAGGUGAGACCUGAUUUUAUAGUUUGGGGUUCCCUUCUUGGGGCUUGUAGGAUUCACAAGAACGUUGAACUAGGGGAGAUUGCUGCAAGAGAACUGUUUGAGUUAGAUCCAAGUAAUUGUGGAUACUAUGUACUACUCUCCAAUAUUUAUGCUGAUGCUGGAAGGUGGGUUGAUGUGGAGAGGAUGAGAAUAUUAAUGAAGAAUCAUGGAAUUCUUAAAACUCCUGGAUAUAGUAUAGUUGAAGAUAAAGGUAGGAUACAUGUAUUUUUAGUUGGAGAUAAGGAGCAUCCACAACAUGAGAAGAUCUAUGAGUAUUUGGACGAAUUAAAUGUCAAGCUGCAAGAACUUGGCUAUAUGCCAAAUGUAACAUCAGUGCUCCAUGAUGUCGAUGAGGAAGAGAAAGGAAUGGUUCUAAGAGUUCACAGCGAGAAACUAGCUGUUGCCUUUGGAAUCAUGAAUUCAGUUCCUGGGUCAGUCAUCCAUAUUAUAAAAAAUCUUAGAAUUUGUGGGGACUGCCACAUUGCAAUUAAAUUGAUUUCCAAAAUAGUAAAUCGAGAAAUUGUUAUCAGAGAUUCAAAGCGAUUUCAUCAUUUCAAGGAUGGGGUGUGUUCUUGUGGAGACUAUUGGUGA